AUGCAAUACACACCAAUAGCAUUUGGCCUCGGCUUAGGUCUUGGUAUUUUUGGUCUGUUAUUUUCGGGUACGAUCGUGUUAUCGUUAAUACCGCUUUAUGGUAACAAUCGUGCGCGGAGUUUGCCGAAUGAUGUUGAAGGAGUGUACACUGUUGAUAAUAUGACAUUUACAUACACUGACAACUCGUUAACAUCAUCGAUGAACGUUACACCGACAACUGCUAUGAUUAUAUCUGUUGAAGACAAACUCAAUGAAGCAUUUGCACCCUAUGGACUUCAAGCAACUAUUGUCAAUGCAACCAUAAUUCCUGCACCGAGUCGCCAGACUAGAAAAAAGUAA